AUCUGGUAAGCGGAGGGGGCGGAAGAAGCGGAAGGUGGACGGUUCUUGGAGGGAGGGAGGGGGAGGGGGGGGUAAGAAGCGGGUUAAGAGUGAAGCUGUGAACAAGAAAGCCGCGAAUCAGCGACUCUGGAGGACCGCCUCUGAUUCUUCCUCCGAUCGGAACGGUGAGGUGGAGGUGGAGGUGGAAAUGGGCUUGCCGGCGUAUCUAAAGGCGCGCAAGGAGGCAGUUGAGGCUGCGAAGGCUGCUAUCGAAGAUACGAAUACGCCUCCGGAUGCGCUAAGGUUUCCACCGGAUUACAGGGACGUGUACUUUAGUGAUGAUGAGAGACUCGUGCCUUCCCCCACCUCUUGUUUCCAAUACCCAUAUUGACAAUAUAUCUCAGGGCGAGCUAACCUCCAAACCAAAUUUCAAAAGCCUCCCUCCUUGUGCACCAUACAAGGAUAUCCCACUGGAAGACUCCCUUGGUAUAAUCCCCUGCCCGAUAGCACAAUACCUCCGUGACUACCAGGUCGAGGGUGCUGCCUUCUUGCACAAAAACUUUGUCUUCCAGGAAGGCUGUAUACUGGGGGAUGACAUGGGCCUCGGCAAGACGGUGCAGGUGAUAGCCUUCUUAACAGCUGCCUUCGGCAAGACCGGCGAUGAACGGGACCGCAAGCGGAUGCGGAAGAUGCGCAGGGGUGCGGGGAGGAAGAGCGGGAGUUUGAUGUCUGGGGAUGAGCGGAAGGAGAGCGCACUAGAGGCAGCCAGGGCGGGCAGGUGCGAGGUCCUGAUUACGACUUAUGGGACGUAUAAGAAGGCAUGUGGGGACAUUAAUAUGGUGGAGUGGGAUUGUGUUAUUGCGGAUGAGUGCCAUCAGAUUAAAGAUAGAAGAACUGAAGUGACGAAAGCCAUAAAUGAGAUCAAUGCUCUUUGUAGGAUUGGUCUGACAGGGACUGCUAUUCAAAAUAACUAUGAGGAGCUCUGGACUCUCCUAAACUGGUGCCGACCCGGCAGCAUCGGAACCCUGACAGAAUGGAACAAAGCCAUAGCAAUCCCCCUCAAAAUCGGACAAUCCCACGACGCCACACUCAGACAGAUCGGCAAUGCCAGGAAGAUCGCAAAGCGCCUCGUAAACAACUUACUAGGAAAGAUGUUCCUCCGCCGCCUGAAAACUUUGAUAGCCCACCAACUGCCCAAAAAAAGUGACAAGGUCGUCUUCUGCCCCUUGACUGAGGUGCAGAGGAAGGCGUAUCAGGGAUUUCUGGACAGCGAGAUGGUACAGAACAUCAAGUACUCUGGCCAGGUCUGUGAUUGCGGGAAGUUGAACAAGAAUGGGGAGCCCGCGAAGAGGGGGGGGUGCUGUUAUGUUACUGACAGCACGGGCAGGAAGUGGAAGGAGAUGGUGUUUCCAUGUAUUCAGCAGAUACAGAAGCUCAGCAAUCACCUUGCUAAUUGGAUUCCCCAGAACGAGGAUAACCAAGAAACCCGAGAUAAGAAGCGGGAGCUACUAGAGACCUGUCUCCCCGACGAUUUCGAACGCAUAAUCAAUAGGGAAAUGUUGACAAACUUCAUGGACCCCGAAAUGUGUGGAAAAUGGAUUGUCCUACAAAAGCUCUUGAAAUUUUGGCACCAAAAUGAUGAUAAAGUCCUGAUAUUCUCCUACAGUCUUCAGCUCCUCAGGAUUCUGCACAAGCUGUUCCAAAGUACCGAGUAUAACGUUUGUUAUUUUGACGGGUCCAUGUCAUUGGAUGAUCGCACAAAUGUGGUUGCCGAGUUCAAUAGUGACCCCUCGCAAUUUGUCUUUUUGAUUUCAACGAGGGCUGGAGGUGUUGGGCUAAACAUCACAGCUGCGAACAAAGUAGUCAUUUUCGACCCUAACUGGAAUCCCAGUUAUGACCUUCAAGCUCAAGAUCGCGCAUACCGUAUCGGGCAAACCCGAGAUGUCGAAGUCUUCCGACUUAUCCUAGCCGGUACCAUCGAGGAGAUAGUCUAUGCCCGUCAAAUUUACAAGCAGCAGCAAGCAAAUAUUGGCUACGGCGCCUCUGAGGAGCGUCGUUACUUUUCCGGUGUUCAAGGCGACAAAACAAACCAGGGAGAACUUUUUGGCCUCAUCAACCUUUUCACAUUCCAGAACAACACUAUCCUAAAAGAGAUUGUGAACAAGACAAAUGUUGCGGAGUCGAGGGCUGGCGUUCAAGUUGCUGGAAUGGAAAUCAACAACGAAGAGGUAGAAGAUGUGGAGCUUGAUGAUGACUACGAAGGAGAAAAUGCCAUCAGUCAGCUAGCAGCUAUAGCGAAAGGGGAACAGGCAAUUAAGAAAAGGAAGGCACACAACCCUGUCGCCGCAAUCCUAGCAGAAGCUGGUAUUUCCUACACUCAUGAAAACUCCGAAGUUAUCGGCACAUCAAAAGUCGAAGCACAGAUAAGCAAGCGUGCAGUCGAGACCACAAACGACGCUAAUACCGGUGAUCUUGUUGCCUUCGAUGGCGGCUCCACUAGAUACAAGUUUCACCCGCCAGUGCAUAUUAUGAAAAGGCAAUUUUGUACUAUGGCAAAGAUGUUCUGCUUUGAUGAUGUUAGGGAGUUUGCGCUUGUCGUUGAAGGAUGGACGCAGAAGCAGAGACGAGACGCCUUGGAUAAGUUUUAUAAAAUGAGAAGGGAUUCAACAGCUAAAGGGGAGGAAGUUAGAUUGGAAGAUUUCCCAAGUGAGAAGAAGGUUGGCAUCAAGACGGAGGGGAAGGCCGAUACGGGGGACAUAAAUAGUAUCAAAGUAGAAGAGGAUGACGAUGAGGAAGGGGAUGAAUUGUAA